GAUCGUCGUCGUGACCUCGCCACUCCGCCCUCCGCCCUUCCGCUGCUCACACCUGAACCACCCAAUCGCCUCUCUGUGCUCGUACUUGCUCUGACCACACACGUUUACAAGAUGGUCUUCUACUUUACGUCAAGUGACGGGCAUAUGCUGUACAUGGGCAAAGACAAGUACGAGAACGAGGACUUGAUCCGGUACGGUUUUCCAGAAGAUGUCUGGUUUCACGUCGACAACUUGAGCUCCGCCCACGUCUACCUCCGAAUGAAUCGGGGAGAGAAGCUAAAAGAGCUCGAUCCUGCGCUGCUUGUGGAAUGCUGCACUCUCGUCAAGGCAAACUCGAUCGAAGGGUGCAAGCGGAAGGAAGUCAACGUUGUCUACACUCGGUGGCAAAACCUUGAGAAAAAGGCUAGCUAUGAGGCGGGACAGGUGGGCUACAAGGACGAGAGUAGGGUGUUCAAGUGUCGGGUGGAGAAGACCAACGCUAUCGUUAACGCUCUGAACCGCACCAAGCGCGAGGAGCAUCCGAAUCUCGCCGAGUUGCAGGAAGAACGGGCGAAGGAACACCGCAGAGAGCAAAAAGCCUUGAGAAAGAAGAAAGAACUCGAAGAGAAGAAUGCUCGGAAGCAGAAGGAGGAAGAGAAACGACUGCGAUCAUACGACACGUUGUUUGAGGAGUCUAAGAUGGCGUCCAACGCCGAUGUUGCUGCCACAGAAGACGCGUCCGCUUCAAUCGCUUUCGAGGACGACUUCAUGGUGAGACAACCUGGGCGGAUGGCGUGA